AUGGCGAGAACCAAGCAGACCGCUCGUAAAUCCACCGGAGGCAAAGCCCCCAGGAAGCAGCUGGCUACCAAGGCUGCCCGUAAGAGCGCCCCGGCCACCGGCGGCGUGAAGAAGCCUCACCGUUACAGGCCCGGUACCGUGGCUCUGAGAGAGAUCCGUCGGUACCAGAAAUCCACCGAGCUGCUGAUCCGCAAGCUGCCCUUCCAGCGCCUGGUCCGAGAAAUCGCUCAGGACUUCAAGACCGACCUGCGCUUCCAGAGCUCCGCUGUCAUGGCUCUGCAGGAGGCCAGUGAGGCUUACCUGGUCGGCCUGUUUGAGGACACCAACCUGUGCGCCAUCCACGCCAAGAGGGUCACCAUCAUGCCCAAAGACAUCCAGCUGGCCCGUCGUAUCCGCGGAGAGAGAGCUUAAACUGUCUGCUGCUGCUCCACAAAACACAACGGCUCUUUUAAGAGCCACCUCACUGCAGACUAAAGACCCUCUUCCUCUCAUCACACUCUAUUAUUUUAUAUAGUAUUGAUUAUAUUUGCUACUUUGAGUAAGUACUUUUAAAUACCUUAUAUUAAUCAGAUUUAAUAGGUGGAAAUGUAGCUUUUUAAGGCUGUUCAUGAUUGUCCACCCUAGUUUACCCUGAAGGACAACUUAAUUAUUUUACAUUGAAUAAUAAGAAUCUAAUCUAAUUCAGAUAUUUGCAUAUAAUUAACAUAUCACCUGCUUUACAGAUUAGAAAUUAUAGUUACGGUAGUACUGAAGGUUAAUCAUUCAUGUAAUACUUAUAUGCGUUUGGUUUAAAAUAAAGUUGGCAAUACUAGGAGGGAUUCAGUUGCAGUAACUAUUCUAUAUAUUAAAGCUGUAUUCUGUAUGGUGGGUUUCCAUUCUUCUUUCUGAUGGAAGCAAACUGAUGAUAGAAAAGGAAUUGGCCUAUACAAUCCUAAACGGUUGAAUGAGUUAAUGGUUAACUGUGUCUCUAUGACAGAUUUGUGGUCGUUAUAAAUUAAAUCUGAGUCACAUAGUUAAACUAUUUAAACCAGGGUUUGGAACUGUUUCACCAUACACUACCACUUCAUGUUUAAUAUGUUGUGGACGGUCAGGUACUUGUAGUCCUCCACCCCAUUAACAUCCAGAUAACUUCUUCCAGCACAAUUCAUCAGAAGAGCAGUACUCUGUACUUGUCCUCCUGUCCAUCACUUUGUACAACCAACCUCUGCAGAGCAGUCUGAAAACCUCUGCAUGUGGCCUGACCUGGAUUUGUAUUGAAAGUGUGGUGGGGACAGCAAAGUCCCCUGUGGAGCUCCUGUACAACUUUUAGACGAUCAGGUAACCUGUAAUCCAGAAGGUGCUGGAUGUUUCAACCCUAACUGUCUGCAGACCCUCACUCAGUUACAGUAACCUGAUGAGGCUGUAGACAAACUGCACAGGGGGGGCAGCAAUGAUUUCACCUGCAGACUGAAGUGGACCAGCAGCCUCCAGCACCUUCAUCACAUAAGAUAGAUAGAUAAGAUAAUCAUCACUUUAGACUGUUUCCUAUUUACUUUCAUUUAAUUAAUUAAACUAUGUAAUGUUUCUUCUAAUGUACCUUGGAACUGGUUGCACUUUAUAAUUGUACUUUUCUCACAUUGAAUUUAAAUAAAGUUUUUAUUCGGGUAAUGCCAAACCCGAGGCUUUAAAACAGACGUCCAUGAGCCAGUGAGGAUUUACACUUGUUUAUAACAAAUAAAGUCAAAGCUAACAUUGUAAAA